ACUAAACAAAAAAUGGGUAGCUCGGGUCAAGUUUAGAAAAUUUAACCUGGAUACAGUGAACUGAAAAAAGGACAUGAACAUGGAAAAGCAAGUUUCCGGGUUAUACUCGAUAGGCGAUUCUCAUGAUAAAAGAAAGACUUUAGAAAUAACGAAAGUUAUGAAGGGAGCACUGAGCGUAUCGAAAAGUAGAACUGGCGAGACCAUUUUCAGGAGUAACGAAUUUCAUAGAAAGACAAUGGAGAAAAAAGUUCACCAAUACAAAUCAGCCGCAAUAACUGAAAUAAGUUCAUUUGAAGCAAAGAAAAGAACUAUCACACAACGGUUUUCUACAGUUUUUGGAAAACACAAGGCCACUAACGAAACGAUGCACGCGUAUGAUGAAGUCAUUACUAAAGCUCUUGAAGAAACAAACGAAAAACCACCAGUUUCAAUUGUCAAAAUCAAUUAUACCAAUAAACAUGAAACUGAGAAGAAUGAAGACGACGAAAGGAAAGAAGAUGAAGUCGAUGGAAAUAAAGAUGGCGUAAAAUUACCCCACGUCAGCAAUUCUCAGGGACGAGUUAAACAUGUUGAAAACGAAUUGGAUGAAUCUGAGCGUAAAAAGUCUGUAUUCAUACCAACAGGAGUUUUGAUGCCAAUUUCAUCGACUGUCAAAUAUUCACGUUUAAAGUUUCACGAUGAAAAGGUUGAAGAAGAACCGGAAGUGGUUGUAGAAGAGGUCAAAGAGCUAUGGCCUCUUGAAAAUACAACAAAGUACGAUACAUAUAUUAGAACACAAAAAGAUAGACAUGAGGUUCUCGUAACUAGGAACAUUUUGAAGAAAAUAAAAUCGAAUAUUUCCGGCAAAAACACUUUAUUGAAAUUUAAAAUGAAAGCCAUCCUAACAGACGACCCGGAAGACUUUGUUAGAAAUCUAACAACUUCCGCUAAAACAGCGCCAGCGGGAAACGCAAUGAACAAGAAAAACAACUCUAGUCGUAAGUUCAAAAAAUUCAUAGCAAAUCUUCCAGUGCAGAAUACAAGAUCACAAGAACCUAGUUUUGCCUCAUUGCAAACAAGCAGAAUGUUCCCUCCAAUAACUGCAGGUUCCGUAAAAUCGACGGGUAAAUUUUUGUCUCUAAGGCGUUCCAAAACGAUGCCAAUUUGAGGAAUACCAUCCUGAUGGAAUUUAUUCAUCGGACAAUGGGAACAUUAUAAACUACCAAGACUGUGCCCCUUCUUUUUUCCUUCAUACAUAAAUAUUUAUGACCGAGUCGUAUGGAUGGAUUUGUGAAAAAGCAAAUAAUAUAUUUCGAUUGAAAGCUAGAAAGGAUAUUUCAUAGAUCAUAUUGAUAAUAAUUUCGAAAGUUCCAACAAAAUAUAUGAGCGCAUAAUGUUACGAUAUCGGUCUGAGAUAUAGGGAAAAGUCAUCUAUCCCGUGUUGUUAAACAUACAAGUAUGGUUUCUAAUCACGUAUCCAAUCUACAAUCCAUAUUAAUUUUGAAAAAUAGAAUAGACAAUUAAAGGUGAAUGAGUGCAAAAGGACAGAUUUACAAAUGGUGGAUUUGACUGUGUUAAGUUUACAGAGGACAGUCUGUUAGUCUGUGGAUUACUGUCUUAGUUCUAUAGUCAAACACCGAAGUGUCAUAAUGUAUAUUUAUGAAUCUAAGUCUACUCCUUGAGCACUUGAUAUCAAAUUUCGUUAAUCACAAUUAGUAUUCCUUUCGAGAUUAAGCCUCUAAAUCUGAUAUAGAUCUGUAUAUAUGUAUGACAAGCAAUACCUUUUGAAUUUAACAGUUAUUGGAAUAAUCUCAUCGAUUUCUAGACUGACCCUACCUAGCUGUAUGUGCGUCAGACAUGAAAAGUACUUAAAAAAUAAGAAGAUCAAGAUUAAAAUCUACGCAAUUAAA